CAUUCUAUCCUCCUCCUAUUCCUGAAUCCUGAUACGUUAUUUUAUUUAACGACCAUCUCUUGUUUCCGCUAGAAUAGUACAAAAAUUUGGUUAAGUUAGCGUUCUUAAUAAAUAAGUAAGAGUUAAGUUAUGUUUAAAUAUUGAAAUUUUAAGGUUUUUUUAGUAAUAAUGAUAACAGAAGACCUAAUACAGUAUGGAAUUUUAACUUUUACUUGGCUUGAAUUUCUUUGGGAAUUGAAUUUAGCCUUUCGUCAGCAUAAAAUUUAUUGCUAUAUGACAUCAACGCCUCAUGAACUACAAGAAAUAAUAGACAAACCCACUUAUGAUAAAGCCAGACUUUAUGGGCUAGACAAAAGCAGAUUUUCCAUGAUAAAAGAAUUUUACUCCAUCGUGAUUACUACUGGCUUAAUACUACUUGAUGGACUGGUGUUCUUCUGGGUACAAGCUGGUGCCCUUACACAUUUUCUUGGGUUUGAAGAGAGCGAAAUUCUGAAGAGUGCCGCAUUUUUACUUUUAAUUAACACUUUCAACACUAUUACUUCUUUGCCAUUUAGUAUUUAUCACCACUUUGUCUUAGAGGAAAAACAUGGAUUCAAUAAACAGACAGCAGGGUUCUACGCCAAAGACAAGUUGAAAGGCUACCUGAUCUCACAACUGAUAUCGAUGCCCCUGAUCUGUGCUGUGGUGUACAUUGUCAAGGUUGGAGGGGACUAUUUCUUCCUUUACUUGUGGCUAUUUGCCAUGGCGACCACCUUCUUCCUUCUGACCAUCUAUCCUGACUACAUCGCCCCAUUGUUCGACAAGUAUACUCCACUGCCGGACGGAGAACUCAAGACACGCAUCGAACAACUGGCUGCCAGUAUCCACUUUCCCCUCUACAAGCUGUAUGUUGUUGAAGGUUCCAAGAGAUCAGUACACAGCAAUGCUUACUUUUUUGGAUUUUUUAAGAACAAACGGAUUGUGCUUUUUGACACUUUAUUGAAAGAUUAUUCUUCACCCAACAAUACAGAAAGUGAGGAAGUUGAAGACAAGAAAGGGUGUGACAAUGAGGAGGUUUUAGCAGUAUUAGGCCAUGAGCUUGGUCACUGGAAACUCAACCAUGUGGUGAAAAACAUUAUUAUCAUGCAGGUGAAUCUUCUUCUGCUGUUUCUUUCAUUUGGCUAUUUAUUCAAGCACAAAGUACUUUACAGAGCGUUCGGAUUCUACGAUGAGGAACCUGUUAUUAUUGGCCUUCUAAUUGUGUUGGUCUACAUAUUCUCUCCAUACAAUGCGGUUCUAAGCUUCGCAAUGACAUUCCUGAGCAGGAGAUUCGAGUUUCAAGCAGAUGCUUUCGCCAAGUCUCUGGGCAAGGCCGGGUAUUUACGCAGUGCUUUGAUUAAGCUAAACAGAGACAACCUCGGGUUCCCUGUGUAUGACUGGUUGUAUUCAAUGUGGCACCAUUCCCACCCACCGCUGCUGGAGCGACUCAAGGCUCUCGACAAGACAGACUAGCGGAUUUAUCACAUCUGUUGUAUUAAUAUAGUAGCGGAUCUAUCACAUCUGUGUUAUUAAUAUAGUAUUAAACAUUUUUAAUAAAGUAUUUGUACCUAAUUCGCUCAAGUCUUUUGUUGUUACUUGUGUAUUUCUCUUUCUUUAUAUUAUUUAUUUACGUAAAUAGAGAUAUUUUCUAGUGAACACUUUUCCAACAACUGUGGAUGGCUGAAAAGAGAAAAUUUAAAAUUGUAAGACUGAAGGAAAUAUCAAAUAGUAGAUGUAUAAUUUUAGUAUUUUUGAAAUGUACUAAAUAUUGAUGUUAAUCUAAGUCAUAAGAUAAGCAGUCUUUGUUUUGAUAUAUAAUUGAUACUUUACUGUACUUAUAUUUUUUUUACUGAAAUAUGUAGCUUAAGAAAUGAACUGUAUGAGAGGUCUGGUUGACCAUAAUAUUGCUCUGAAUAAAGUUAUUUUAAAUCGA